GAUAAAAACACUAAACAGCACAGAUUGCAAUCCUUUCACUCAGCUUCAUCUCAAGAAGUCAUUUUUAAACACCUCACCUGCUUUAGUUUAAAAUCUUCUAAAUUUUGUGUUAACUCAUAUUUUGGGACAGCUGUUUUCUGUUGACCAUGAAUCUGAAAUGGUUUUGGUACCACAGGAACUUCUUCAUUAUCAUCCUGACUCCGAUCCUCCUGCUACCGCUGCCUCUGGUCAUUCCAACAAAAGAGGCAAAAUGUGGCUAUGCGAUCAUCCUUAUGGCUUUGUACUGGUGCACAGAGUGUCUGCCAUUAGCAGUGACUGCGCUGCUGCCUGUUGUCCUAUUUCCAAUGAUGAACAUAAUGGAGGCCGGACAGGUGAGCAUAGAGUACCUGAAGGACUCGAACAUGCUGUUUAUCGGGGGGCUGCUGGUGGCCAUUGCUGUGGAGAACUGGAACCUCCACAAACGCAUCGCCCUCAGGGUCCUGCUGCUGGUUGGAGUUCGCCCCUCACUGUUGAUGUUGGGGUUCAUGAUCGUCUCCUCAUUCCUCUCGAUGUGGAUCAGUAACACAGCCACGACAGCCAUGAUGUUACCCAUCGCUCACGCCGUCCUGCAGCAGCUCAGAGCCACAGAGGCACGGGCCGACGACAUGGAGGAUCUCGGUAGAGGCGACGACAACGCAGCGUUUGAGCUGCAAGAAACACAUACCAACGGAGCUGUGACUAAGAAACAUCUGGACGUGAUUCAGGAGGAGGAGAGAUGCAAUGAGACAGUGCGACAGGCGCAGCGAGAUGCGAGGAGUAGAGAGCGAGAGGCGAGGUAUGACCUGCUGACCAAAGGCAUGAGUCUGAGUGUAUGCUACUCUGCCAGUAUCGGGGGGACGGCUACUCUCACCGGGACCACCCCAAACCUUAUCCUCCAAGGCCAGAUGAACCAGCUGUACCCGGACAAUGGGGGCAUUAUAAACUUUGCGAGCUGGUUUGGCUUUUCUUUUCCAAACAUGGUCUUGAUGCUCAUCUUCUCUUAUGUCUGGCUGCAGUUUAUGUUCCUCGGCUUCAACUUGAAGAAGUCCUUUGGCUGUGGUGAGAAGAGCGAGCGUGAUCGGGAGGCGUAUGCGGUGAUGAGGGAGGAGUACAGGAAGCUGGGGCCCAUGUCUUUCGCAGAGAUCAUGGUUUUGGUGAUUUUUGUCCUGUUAGUUGUUCUGUGGUUCACCAGAGAGCCGGGCUUCAUACCGGGAUGGGCCACUGUCCUGUUCAAUCAGGAGCUGUCGUAUGUUUCCGAUGGAACAGUUGCUAUUUUAAUGUCGAUGCUCUUCUUCGUGGUACCUUCACAAUUGCCAAGUUUCGGAGGAUAUGGCUUCAAUGAGGCUGGAAAGCUAGUGAAGGCCCCUCCCACGCUGUUGAACUGGGAGGUGGUGCACGAGCGCAUGCCCUGGAACAUCAUCUUGCUGCUGGGAGGAGGUUUCGCUUUGGCCAAGGGCAGUGAGGUGUCUGGCUUGUCCACGUGGCUCGGGGAGAGUUUGGCACCUCUGGAGAAGAUUCCCCCUUUUGCCAUUUCUCUUCUUCUCUGUUUGUUAGUGGCCACUUUCACCGAGUGCUCCAGUAACACAGCCACCACCACUCUGUUCCUGCCUAUCCUCGGUUCCAUGGCCACUGCGAUUAAGAUCCACCCUCUGUACAUCAUGCUGCCCUGCACCAUCGCCGCCUCUCUGGCCUUCAUGUUACCAGUGGCCACUCCACCCAACGCUAUUGCUUUCUCCUUUGGGAACCUGAAAGUCCUCGAUAUGGUAAAAGCUGGCUUCAUGCUGAACAUCAUUGGUAUUUUGUGCAUAAAUUUAGGCAUCAACACCUGGGGCUACGCCAUGUUUGAUAUGGGAACGUUUCCUACAUGGGCCAAUGUUACAAACAAGCCCUGAGCAAAGAGCCACACAGUUUCAUUUCCUAUGGACAAAAGGAGUGUGGACGAGGUACUUGUAGCUUGAUUUAAAGCCAGUCGGUUUUCAACAAUAUUAAGAGACGUGCACCAAAAUGUUCUGGUGAAUAAGAGCAGAACAUAAUCUGGUUUUGCCAUAACCUAUAAAACAAUGUUAUCAGAUUUUACAAGAGCUCAACUUUGAUCUCAGUUGGUGUUUCCUUCUGUCGUAGUUGAAAGGAAAAUGUAUGCAAGCUGUGAAUCUGUAUAUUACUAUAGUAUAUUAUGUAUUGAAGGAUCAAGUUAAAUCAGAGGUCAAUGAGUAGUGAGGUCUACAGUAAUAGAGGUUUUUAUUUGAAAGAAAUCUAAUGUUCAGGCUUUGAAUUACAUUGCUAGAAAUUCAUUAGUUUUAAUCAUUGGAAUGUAAUAACUAAAAUAGAUCAUUUUAUCAGUAAUUUAACUUAUUGAUAUGGUCCUUUUAUCUGGACCUGGAGUGUUUUCAUUGUUUUUGUACAUUUUUACUAUUUAAAUAGUGACACAGUAGAAGAAAGUAACUUGAAACAUAUCCAAUUAAAAUUAUGCAAUUUUAAAAUGUUUUUACAUUUACAGACAUUUGAAACUUGGUUGUUCUCCUUGCAGUCAGUUUGGGAUGGCAAAAGUGUUAGAAAGAUCACCUGGACUUAGAUUUAAUGUAGUACAAUGCGAUUACAUUUUAAAAUUUACAUUCGUGCUGAGUAACAAGUGCAGCUAUUCAAUACAUUGAGUAGUAGUUCAACUGGGAAGUGAUCAUUUAAAGUUAAGAGUUAAAAUGUGGGAAACGCACAAGCCGCAGUAAAGAGAAAUGCUCUAGUUGAAGAAUAACUUUGAUAAGAAGCUGCCAAAAGGACUGUAUUGUAAAGGUUAGUAUUGAUAGUAUUGAUGCAAUAAACAUAAGAUAAAGAA